UUUUUAUUUUGUUCUCAUCGCAAUAAUGCCGGAAUCUCGUGCUAUAGUAUUGUACUGGGCUGUGAUUCUGACCCUACUGACCCUAUGGCUGGAACUUGGUGUUGCAGGAACAUUACCCACUCAUCACCGUCCACUACGAUUGCCCAAUGAGACGUAUCCAUUGAGCUAUCAAUUGCAUAUCAAUAGCAGCAUACAUAUGGGAAAUUUUCUAUUUAACGGAAAUGCCACCAUUGACAUCGAGAUUAGACAGUCGACAAACGAAAUUGUGCUACACGCAAAGAACUUGAGUGAUUUUCGGAUUACAGUGCUACGUCUCAAUGAUGAUGCUGCUGCCAUUGGCGCCGGCGCCGCCGAAUUUGAACUUGUUGAUGAUCUUACGCACACGUUUGAUUCGCAUGGCAGUUUUCUGGUGAUAUAUCCAUUUGAGAAUUAUCAAGCCUUUGAGGCGGGUCAACGCUAUAGAGUCGAAAUACUCUAUACAGGUGAAAUGCAAAAGAAAGCUAGAGGAUUAUAUUGGAUGACCUAUGAAAAUGAAUUGGAUAAUCGUACUGUAUACGUAGCCGCUACACAAUCGGAACCCACAUAUGCACGUAUGAUCUUUCCGUGCUACGAUGAGCCCGCCAUUAAAUCGAACUUUAGCAUCAGGCUAACACAUAGUGGCAAUUAUAUAGCCAUAUCCAAUAUGCCAGUUAAAGAAUUAAUACGUCACAAUGCUGAUCUAACAACCACUUCGUUUCUACCUACACCGCCGAUGUCCACGUAUCUGGUGGCCUUUGUUAUAUCCGAUUUUGAGCACAUCUCCACAAGCUAUCGUGGGAUAACACAAAGUGUGUACUCAUCGCCCACAUUGAAAGAGAAGGGCCAAUAUGCCCUCAAGAAUGCUGUGCUAACAGUGUCUGCUUUAGAGGAUUACUUUAGCAUUAGUUAUCCAUUGGAGAAACUCGAUCAUGUUGCAUUGAAUAAGAAUUUUGGUGCUGCUAUGGAAAACUGGGGACUCAUCACAUACAAAGAGGACAAUUUGUUGUCACAGGAGAAGGGUGAUUUGUUCAAACGGGUAAAGGAUAAGAUAACACAAAAUCAUGAGAUAGUCCAUCAAUGGUUUGGUAAUCUUGUAUCACCCGAAUGGUGGUCUUACGCCUGGAUGAAUGAGGGUUUUGCCUCAUACUUUUCCUAUGUGAUCACGGAUAUGCUAUAUCCCGAGCUUAAGGUCAUGGAUUUCUUUGCCGACUCUGAGGCUGAUCGUGCCUAUAGCUAUAAUAGUUUUCUCGAUGUACGACCAAUGACUUCCUAUGUGGAGACGGAAGCAGAAAUUGUCAGUGCCUUUGAUAUUAUCACAUAUAAGCGUGCCGCUUGCGUAAUUAAAAUGUUUCAUCACGCAUUCCAUCGAAAGACCUUUGUGAGCGGCAUUAGUGGUUUUCUUAGCAAAUACCAAUACAGUGUGGCCAAUGAGCUGAAUCUAUUCGAUUGUCUGCAAACAGCAGUACUUCAGGACGGUCAGUUUCCACAUCAGUUAUGGACGCAUAAAGUGCGUGAAAUAAUGUUAUCAUGGACACACAGCGAAUGGAUGCCAAUUGUAUCUGUGAUACGUAAUUAUCAGAAUAACACAAUCACAUUUCGUCAACGUUCGAUCCAUUCGAAAAGCGAACACUGGUGGAUACCCUUGAAUUUUGCUACCACCCAGCAGCCAAGCUUUGAGCAGACCCAUGCCGAAUACUUUAUGCCACCCCAGACGCAGCACACCAUUAGCCUGGAGGACCUGAAGCUGCAGCUUAAUGGGAGUGAUUGGUUGAUUGUUAACAAACAGCAGACAGGAUUCUAUCAUGUGCACUAUGAUAAUGAAAAUCUGCAGGCUAUUGCUCGACAAUUGCAGACGGAUCAUACACAAAUACAUCCUGUGAAUCGAGCCGCACUGAUUCAGGAUAUAAAUUCUUUAAUAGAGCACAAUGCGAUUGAAUCAAUGAAUGUGGUUCUUGAAAUGCUCAAGUAUAUGGAAUUCGAACAGGAUCUAAGGCCUUGGAAAAGUGUUUCCGAUACAAUACCGAUUUUGCAAAAGAAUUUAUUUGGCACCCCCUCCUACACAAUGUUUUUGCAGUUUGUAAGACGUCUGGUCACACCCAUGUUCAAGAGCCUGUUCGGGGAGACAAAUGGAGGACAGGUUAACGAAACUGUUUUUGAGAGCGGCGAAAUAAUAAUUCAUAUAGCUUGUGCAGUAGAUUUAGCCGAGUGCCUGGACUACACCCAUCGACAGGCAAUGGAAUACUUUUUCAAUAAGGUCCACAUCGACAACUACAACAUAUACGACACUAUGCUCUGCUUUGGCACGAAAUAUUUAAAUGAUGAUGAGUUUGAACAAGCCUUAAAAAUGCUACAGAGUAUUGAACGAGAAUCUGCUUAUGCCGAUGAUAUGCUCUACUCACUCCGUUGCAUUCAAAGUCAUAGUCAUUUACUUCACUAUCUGGAAUUCUUAAUGGGUGAAAAUUCAACUCAUCAUGCACUUAACGACAACGAGGCUAUGAUGUAUCUACCGUUUCUUUAUAAAUCAAAUUUGGAGGGACGUUCAGUAAUUUGGCAAUUUAUUGAUCGUAACUACAAGUUGCUUUGUAGAUCGCCCACAUUUGUGGAACAUUUCAAUGAGAUAGCCGAGUUUCUGCCCCAACAUCAGAGGGCCUACUUUGAAACAUUGCGUGAAAAGAUCGCCACACAUUUGCGACAUGAAAGUCUCAAUUCAAGGGACAUUCUCAUCAAUAGCAAUUCCAAUAACGUGGGCAAAAAGAUGCGAAACAGUGAACUAUUUCUGGAGAAAUUUGAACAUGAGAUCCAUAAAUGGCUGUUAAAUGAGAUUCCUCAAUCGGAAGAUGUAUUCGCAGCGUCGCUAAGUGUGAGCAAUGGUUCGAGUCGAUCGGAAGGUGUUUUACAGACGGCCAAUCGUCUGGUACAAAGGGCAUUGCAUUCUAACAUAUUGUUAUAGCGCUCAGUGUAAAAAAAUUAAAAAAUAAAUUAAUUCUUAUAGUAAAUUUAAU